GAAUUGAAAGUCGGUAAUCGAUUGUCAGUCGUUAAAAUAUAGCCGAUAGUGCCGAUUAGUAAAUAGACUUCAUGACUGGAAAAGAAUGACUGAUUACAACUUAUUACGUAGCGAGUUGCUUACUUUUUUUAAUGAAUAUAAAUGUUUCAAUUUACGUCGUCUUUUGCCUUUAUUAAUUUUGAAUCCGUUGUGACACACUGUCCUGUGUUGUUGGACUACCCAUCAUCAGCUAUAGGAAAUGAGUGUAAACAAAAUAACUUUUGUUUCGAUGUAAUGAUUUAUGGAUCUAGAAACUGAAAUGGAAAAUUGUUCUACUGAAAUAACUAAUGAAAGUAAAUCUAAUAAGCAAUCUAAUUCUGGAAUUGUACACGCAUGUGAUGCAGAAGAAGAUGAUUAUUGUGUUAUUGUUAAUAAAGGAGGACAACAACUAUUACCUGCUAGUAUAAUGCUAUUAGUAAAAAAUAUAUGUGCUAUUGAUGAUGAACCAUGGGCAGUUGAAGAAGAUGAUGACUACAUUAAAGAUAAUUCAGAUGAUCCAAAAAUUCUACCACUAAAAACAGUCGGUAACAAAAAAAUUGAAAAAUCUAGUUCAGUUUCUUCAAAAGAAUUUCCCAAUGAUAUAGAAAAAGAAGAAAAAUGUCAUAUUACAAAUAAUGAUAACGCCAUAAAUACAGGACAAUUAAAAGCAGAGGAGAAAUCUGAUUUAAGUAAACAACUAAUUUUUAAUAAAAAUAUAAAUAAUGACCAGGACUUAGAUGAAACCAAUAAUAUUAUAUGGAGUGCUAUUAACAUAGCUAGUACAUCUUGUUCUACAUCCAUACCUGGCACUUCAAGUUUGACCGAUUUACAAAAUCCAUUUUGUUCUACAUUUUUACCUGGUCCUUCAUGUUCAACCGACCUACUGGGUUCAUCUUGUUCUACAUCUUUACCUGGCCCUUCAUGUUCAACCGACCUACUGAGUUUAUCUUGUUCUACAUCUAUACCUGGCCCUUCAUGUUCAACCGACCAAUCUGGUCCAUCUUGUUCUAGAUCCUUACUUGACACUUCAUGGUUAACACCGGCACCUGGCCCAUCUUAUUCGUUACCUAGCCUUUCAUGUUUGACUGAUUUACAGGGUCCAUCUUGUUCUACAUCUAUACCUGGCCCUUCAUGUUCAACCGACCAAUCUGGUCCAUCUUGUUCUAGAUCCUUACUUGACACUUCAUGGUUAACACCGGCACCUGGCCUAUCUUAUUCGUUACCUAGCCUUUCAUGUUUGACUGAUUUACAGGGUCCAUCUUGUUCUACAUCUAUACCUGGCCCUUCAUGUUCAACCGACCUACCAGGUCCAUCUUGUUCUACAUCUAUACCUGGCCCUUCAUGUUCAACCGACCAAUCUGGUCCAUCUUGUUCUAGAUCCUUACUUGACACUUCAUGGUUAACACCGGCACCUGGCCUAUCUUAUUCGUUACCUAGCCUUUCAUGUUUGACUGAUUUACAGGGUCCAUCUUGUUCUACAUCUAUACCUGGCCCUUCAUGUUCAACCGACCUACCAGGUCCAUCUUGUUCUACAUCUAUACCUGGCCCUUCAUGUUCAACCGACCAAUCUGGUCCAUCUUGUUCUAGAUCCUUACUUGACACUUCAUGGUUAACACCGGCACCUGGCCUAUCUUAUUCGUUACCUAGCCUUUCAUGUUUGACUGAUUUACAGGGUCCAUCUUGUUCUACAUCUAUACCUGGCCCUUCAUGUUCAACCGACCUACCAGGUCCAUCUUGUUCUACAUCUAUACCUGGCCCUUCAUGUUCAACCGACCAAUCUGGUCCAUCUUGUUCUAGAUCCUUACUUGACACUUCAUGGUUAACACCGGCACCUGGCCUAUCUUAUUCGUUACCUAGCCUUUCAUGUUUGACUGAUUUACAGGGUCCAUCUUGUUCUACAUCUAUACCUGGCCCUUCAUGUUCAACCGACCUACCAGGUCCAUCUUGUUCUACAUCUAUACCUGGCCCUUCAUGUUCAACCGACCAAUCUGGUCCAUCUUGUUCUAGAUCCUUACUUGACACUUCAUGGUUAACACCGGCACCUGGCCCAUCUUAUUCGUUACCUAGCCUUUCAUGUUUGAUUGAUUCACAGGGUCCAUCUUGUUCUACAUCUAUACCUGGCCCUUCAUGUUCAACCGACCUACCAGGUCCAUCUUGUUCUACAUCUAUACCUGGCCCUUCAUGUUCAACCGACCUACCAGGUCCAUCUUGUUCUACAUCUAUACCUGGCCCUUCAUGUUCAACCGACCAAUCUGGUCCAUCUUGUUCUAGAUCCUUACUUGACACUUCAUGGUUAACACCGGCACCUGGCCCAUCUUAUUCGUUACCUAGCCUUUCAUGUUUGACUGAUUUACAGGGUCCAUCUUGUUCUACAUCUUUACCUGGCCCAUCAUGUUCAACCAACCUACCUGGUCCUUCUAGUUCUAGAUACUUCCCUGGCUCAUAUAAUUCUUAACUUCCACCAAGUAAAUUAGAUGUAUGUUUUAACAAUUUAAAUAUUUAAAAAGGCAAUGAUAUGGAAAAUGUAAUUAAUACAAGUUGUGAUGAUAUUUUUAGACCAAUGGAAAUAUCUAAAACUAAUAAUGAUACAAACCAAGACUAUUCGACUAUGAUGAUUGAGAAAAAAUAAUGUUAAAACGUGCAGUUAUACUCACGGUUCAUGCUGGAUUUGAAGAAGCAAAUAAAAAUACAUUGUAUACAUUAGCUGAUAUAACUACUCGUUAUAUAAAAUGGAUAGCUGUUAUAAUGGAAAAGAAUUUUGAUCUCCUAAACAAUAUCUCUUUUCCGGGAAAAAUUGAUCCUAUUAAUAAUAGUUUUCAAGAGGUGAGUUAUGGUCAUAAGUAUAUUAUAAUAUUUUAAGAAAAUUAUAUGUUUAUUACACUUUAAACAACUAACUACAAAUUUAUAAAAAAAAUUGUCAAAUUAUAUUAUACUAUAAUAAAUAAUAUUUAUAUUAUUAUAGUUUUUAUAAUAUAUAUACUUAUAUUAUGUAUUAAACUAUUUAACUGUUGAAUCUAUCUUGAUUUUUAAGAGUUAAAUCCUGUGUAAUGUGCAAAGCAGCAAAUUCCAUAUAAUAUAAUACGUUUUAGUAACUGUUUUUAAGUUAUAACAGUUAACUAUUAAUAAUUAUUUAUUAAUUUGUUAUAACUACCUAUUAAUAUAAUAAAAAAAAAAAUAUAAUAUUAAAAAUACCAGUCUUUUAGAGCUAACAUCAAGAUUUUAUUUCGAUUCCUUUUUGACCCUAUUUAUAAGUUAUAACUAAAAACCGGAUUUAUAUGUUUUUACAUAUUGUUAAUGAGUAUAUGCAAUCUUAUGAGAGUAAAAAAUGUGGACGAUUCGUUCAAUUCUGAGUUUGUAGAAAAAAUGGAUUAGGGAAUAUUAAACCUAUUU